CUACGUAUAACUGAGUGAAGUUUGGUGUGUCCAUAUAAAUUGAUUAUAUACUUAGAAGCCUAUUUCAUUAUGGAUAAACGGUGGACUCAGUGUGACUGCAAGACAACAAUAGAAAAUGUCUUGGAACCAUUUGAGAAAAAGCUCAAGGAAUUGAAUUGGAGCGACAACACCCAAAAGGUUCAAAUCAAAAUCUUCAAGAGGUACUCAUGGAGAUUGAAGCAGAUUAUCAACAUUCUGCUAUACCAACUUGAAGAGCUCGGUUUCAAAGAGGACGAGUUCAGAAGGUUGAAUGACAAGGUUAAACAGCUACAACAGAAAAAUUGUGACCUUAACACACAGAUUAAAGCAGAUGCUCAAAAAAUAGCUGAUGAUGGCAGUAAAAUAAGGAAACUUCAGCAUGAUCAGGAAGUCUCCCUCCAUGAGCUCGGUAUCAAAGAGGAUGAGGUCAGAAGGUUGAAUGACAAGGUUAAACAGCUACAACAGAAAAAUUGUGACCUUAACACACAGACUGAAACAGAUGCUCAGAAAAUUGCUUAUGAUGGCAGUAAAAUAAAGAAACUUCAGUAUGAUCAGGAAGUCUCCCUCCAUGAGCUCAGUAUCAAAGAGGAUGAGGUCAGAAGGUUGAAUGACAAGGUUAAACAGCUACAACAGAAAAAUUGUGACCUUAACACACAGAUUGAAAUAGAUGCUCAAAAAAUAGCUGAUGAUGGCAGUAAAAUAAAGAAACUUCAGCAUGAUCAGGAAGUCUCCCUCCAUGAGAUGACCACCAGAGAUCAGGUCAUACUGAAGCUACGGACUGACCUAGUUACGAUGCAAGAGAAAGAUGCAAGAUGUUUGAAAGAGCUAAAGAUCAGAGAAGAUGAAGUCAAAAGGUUAAAUAACAAGGUUGCACAGUUACAACAAGAAAUUCUUGAUCUUAACAGACAGAUUCAAAGGGAUUCAGAAAAGAAGCUGCAGCAUGAUCAGGAAGCCGCCCUUCAAAAGGUAAAUAAAGACAUUCACUUAUUAAAAAUGAUCAGAAGAAGAGAGGAGUCCAUUGAACAGCUGCAGGAGGACCUUGAGGAAUCCAAAGCUCAGCACAGUGCUUGUUACAACGAGCUUUUGGAGAGUUUGACACAGAAUGACAUUCAGUGUGUGAAGAACGAAAAAAACUCACAAGAAAUCACCCAGCUCCAGGAUCAGCUUCAUCAGAUCAAACAGGAACUCGCCAUUUCUCAGGAAAAACACAGAACCUGCCAAAAUGAGGUCAGAAGAAGAGAAGACUCCAUUGAACAGCUACAGGAGGACCUUGAGGAAUCCAAAGCUCAGCACAGUGCUUGUUACAAUGAGCUUUUGAAGACACAGAAUGACAUUCAGUGUCUGAAGAAUGACAACUCCCACAUGAAUCAGACCACCCAGGCCAAUUCACAAGAAAUCAACCAGCUCCGGGAUCAGCUUCAUCUGAUCAAACAGGAACUCGCCAUUUCUCAGGAAAAACACAGAACCUGCGAAAAUGAGGUCAGAAGAAGGGAUGAGUACAUUGAACAGCUGCAGGAGGACCUUGAGGAAUCCAAAGCUCAGUACAGUUCUUGUUACAAUGAGCUUUUGAAGACACAGAAUGACAUUCAGUGUCUGAAGAAUGACAACUCUCACAUGAAUCAGACCACCCAGGCCAACUCACAAGAAAUCAACCAGCUUCAGGAUCAGCUUCAUCAGAUCAAACAGGAACUCGCCAUUUCUCAGGAAAAACACAGAACCUGUCAAGAUGAGGUCAGAAGAAGUGAUGAGUCCAUUGAACAACUGCAGGAAGACCUUGAGGAAUCUAAAGCUCAGCACAGUGCUUGUUACAAUGAGCUUUUGAAGACACAGAAUGACUUUCAGUGUCUGAAGAAUGACAACUCUCACAUGAACCAGACCACCCAGGAUCAGGUUCAUCAGAUCAAACAGGAACUUUCCAUUUCUCAGGAAAAACACAGAACCUGUCAAAAUGAGGUCAGAAGAAAAGAUGAGUCCAUUGAACAACUAAAGGAGGACCUCGAGAAAUCCAAAGCUCAGUACAGUGCUUGUUACAAUGAGCUUUUGAAGAGACAGAAUGACAUUCAGUGUCUGAAGAAUGACAACUCUCACAUGAACCAGGCCACCCAGGCCAACUCACAAGAAAUCAACCACCUCCGGGAUCAGCUUCAUCAGAUCAAACAGGAACUCGCCAUUUCUCAGGAAAAACACAGAACCUGUCAAAAUGAGGUCAGAAGAAGAGAGGAGUCCAUUAAACAGCUACAGGAGGACUUUAUGAAAUUCAAAGCUCAGUACAGUGCUUGUUACAAUAUGCUUUUGAAGACACAGAAUUACAUUCAAUGUAUGAAGAACAACAAAUCGUGCAUGAAACAGGUCACCCAGACCAAUUUUCAGGAAACCAGCCAGCUCCAGGAUCAGCUUCAUCAGAUCAAACAGGAACUCGCCAUUUCUCAGGAAAAACACAUAACCUGCCAAAAUGAGGUCAGACUAUAA